CUUAGAACGAAUAAAAAAUUUGCAGGCGAGGGCAUCGUAUUGAAUCCUUCUCUUUCCCACUAUACAUCACAAUGGAGAACUCUGAAGGCCAAGUCAUCGAUCUUUACAUUCCUCGCAAGUGUUCCGCCACCAACCGUCUCAUCACUGCCAAGGACCACGCUUCCGUCCAAAUCAACAUUGCUGAUGUUGAUGCUGAGGGUCGUGCUACCAACUCUUUCGCCACUUAUGCUUUCUGUGGUUUCAUCCGUAAGGAAGCUGAGGUCGAUGAUGCUCUUAACCGUCUCUCUCAACAAGAUGGUUACUUGAAGAACGUCUUCUCUUACCAACAAUAAAUUUUUUUUUUUAACUAAAAAAAAAAAAGUUUUUGGUGAUUUGAAAUUCCAUGUUUUUUUUUUGAAAAUAAAAAAAACACGGUAGAUUUUUUAUACAGU